AUGUUCCGAAAUACUAUUCUGUCCACCUCAGAUGCGCUCCUCUUGUUUGAUGCUGGAGCAGGCCAAUCUCAAGGAGGUCGGCCAUCCCAGGAAGAUCGUUGCACGUUUGUUCUACCAGAUCAAUUUCCUUCCCAGACAGAUGACAAACUCACCUACUUUGCGGUCUAUGACGGGCAUGGCUCCGAACUUGUCUCAGAACAUGCCAGCCGGAACCUGCAUCUGUUACUCGCAAAACGACCCGAAUUCGACCAGGGCAAUUAUGAAGCGGCAAUCCGAGGGGCGCUGGCUGACGAGGACGCCAUACUACUGGAAACCUUCAAGAACCAGACCACCGAACCUGCUAUGUCUGGGUCCACAGUCGCGCUAUGUUUCGUUAAUCUCACUAAGGGGGAUCUCGUUGUAGCCAAUCUUGGGGACUCUCACGUCAUCCUGGCCGAACGCGAUAUCAUAUCCGACCAUCCAUAUCAAAUCCGACGACUCUCGAAGGCUCACAAACCUGACGCUCCUGAUGAACAGGCUCGAAUUGAAGAUGCCGGAGGUGCUGUCAAUAUGAGGAGUGGGACUGCACGCAUAGGUACUUUGAAUAUGUCCCGAGCACUGGGCGAUCUCCAGUAUAAGAACCCCAUCAAUAACGUUAAUGACGAAUAUUCAUCCUUGAAAACCCGACGGGCGUCUUCGAGCUCAUCAGCGCCAGAAAGACGAGGGAAUUUCUUGUCCGUAGAACCGCACAUGACUCGAGUGUCGCUCUCAGCAGAUCGACGCUACCUUGUAGUCGUCGUGUCGGACGGCGUCAGCGACCAUGUCGAUGAUGCGACGUUGAUCCAUCAUGUGAUGAAGCUUUCUAUGCGUGGAAUGAGAGCUUGCGACAUCGCUCAGGAAGUCGUCACCACUGCUGCAUCGAGGAAGACCAAGGCGGGCAGUGAUAACGCAUCCUGCAUUGUCGCUCUUCUGGACGGUCAAAACUCCUAG